CCCCUACUUAAACUACAGUCAUGUGAUCGUCUGCCUCCUCCAUCCCAUGGCGAUAUCACCUCCGUCCCCAUUUUCUUUAAAACCCUUACCCAAACUCGUCUCCCCCGGCUGCCAAUCCGAGAAGCUUCCUCAGUCUUUUAUCUUUCCUAGACUAACACAACUCUCGUUGGCUUCUCGCCGCACUCACGCCGUGGAGCCGGCGGCUGCUGUCCCCGUUGUGGAAUUAGAAGAUGAGAAGUACGGAAAGAAGCAGGUCAUCAGCCUCAGUUCAGGGAUAUACGAGUAUGUCCUCGCCAAUGUCCGCGAGCCGCCGGUUCUUCGGGACCUUCGUGAGGAAACCGCGGGGAUGCGUGGAAGUCAGAUGCAGGUAUCUCCUGAUCAAGCGCAGUUGUUAGCAAUACUUGUACAGAUUAUGGGAGCUGUCAAAUGUAUUGAAAUUGGAGUUUAUACGGGUUACUCAUCUUUAGCUAUUGCGUUGGCUCUACCUGAUUCUGGCAGUUUGGUUGCAUGUGAAAGAGAUGCAAACUGCCUUGAAAUUGCUAAGAAGUAUUAUGUGCGUGCAGGUGUUUCCCACAAGGUGGAAAUAAAACAUGCCUUAGCAGUGGACACUUUAGAGAAGUUAAUUCAAAACGGUGAAUCUUGCAGCUAUGACUUUGCUUUUGUUGAUGCGGAGAAGCGAAUGUAUGAUGAAUAUUAUGAAUUACUGUUACAACUGGUGAGGUUUGGUGGCGUAAUAAUUUUUGAUAAUGUUCUAUGGCACGGAAAAGUUUCUGAUCCCCAAGUAAAAGACUCGAAGACUAUGAGCCUAAGAAAUUUCAAUAAAAAAAUUCUCUCGGACAACCGAGUUAGCAUCAGUAUGGUACCUAUUGGUGAUGGCAUGACAAUCUGCCGCAAAAGGGAGUGAGGUUGACCUGGUUGUUCAUUUUGACACAUCUCUGUAAAACUUAUGGCCCAUACUGUUUUGAUUUCAGAAAUAUGUUUUUAGUGCCUUGUCAAUGCGCUCAUACCUCAUUUGGAGAUGAAAUGUCCUUUUUGCAGAUAUUCUACCUUUACAAGACAUUCAUGAUUAAGGAUGGCCAUGAUAUUCUACCUAUGCUGCUAGCAUUCUUCUAUUAAAUGCUUAAUUUCUGCUUGCAAGCCAAUUUGAGAGUUGUCGGCCAGGAAGAACAAAGCUUUAGCUAUGGCUUGAAGUGGCUAAUUCUUCUUUUGUGGCUCAACAGGCCAAAAGUAGCACAUAGGAAUAAGAUUAAUCUCAUUUAUAAUCGGUCCUUUGGUGCAAACUAUUCAUUAGUGGAGCAUUCUCCUCCUGAACUUCAUGUCAGAACAAAUGGCCUGUUUGGAUUUGCUGUAAGUAUUUCGCAAUGAAAAUUUAAGAAUUCCUCCUAAUCCUGUGUUAUUCCGAAGCCAAGUGCUUCUUUACAUGUUAAUUUGGCUAUUCCCAA